AGUCAGUCUGUAGUGCCGACUGAGUUACUGGCGCUAGUAGUCAUUUUACAAUCAGAGUAUGUCAUCAGUAUCAGGUCGGAGGUCUUCGGCAUACAUACAAGUGUAAUCAAGAAGACAGAAAGGCGAUCUCGGAUUAAAACAUUAAGUUUCAAAACUUUUGAACUUACGUUACAUCAUAACAAGUGCAAUGACUUCGAAUGAGCACUCGCUUCAAACUUUGUCCUGGAGAAAACUUUACUUGAGUCGAGCUAAACUUAAAGCGACAAGCAGUACCUCUGCUCUGCUCUCCGGCUUUGCUAUGGUGGCGAUGGUGGAGGCCCAGCUUGAGAACGAUUACGAUUACCCUCCGGGCUUACUGAUCGCUUUCAGUGCCUGCACAACAGUGCUGGUGGCCGUCCAUCUCUUUGCCUUGAUGGUCAGCACAUGUAUCCUGCCCAACCUGGAUGCCGUGAGCAACAUCCCCAACCUGAACUCCAUAAAGGAAUCUCCACACGAGCGCAUGCACCACCACAUCGAGCUGGCCUGGGCCUUCUCCACCGUACUAGGCACCCUCCUCUUUCUUGCUGAGGUGGUUCUUAUGUGCUGGGUGAAGUUCCUCCCGCUGAAGAAUAAUUCUGCAUCUUCAGGGAUAAACCCGGGGGUAGCUGCAGCAAUCGUCUCUACCGUCAUCAUGGUGCCCUUUGCCUUUGUGUUCAUUGUUUUCGCCAUGCAUUUCUACCGUUCGCUGGUCAGCCACAAAACAGAGCAGCAGCACCAGGAGUUGGAGGUUCUGGCCAAAAUCACUCAGAUGCAAAAUCAACUGGAUCACAGGGGAGAUGCGUCCAACCAUCCCUCUUCAGCACACUUAGUCUAGUCGACGCACUUAGAUGAGCCCUUAUUCUCAGACCAAACAACAUGUGGACUGUUGUCCUGAAUAGACACCAGAGGAUGGGAAUCAGGGAUUCUGCAAUUGCACUGUAUUGUGAUGCCUUGUUUUAUAUGUAGUGUACAUACAAGCUUAACCGGCAUUUCUAAUCAUCUCUUUGCACACAAAAUAAGAGAAAAAAUGCAGUUGAAUUGGUUUCUCCAAAAAGAAGACAUGUAGUUCGAGACUUCAGGAAUUGAUUGGAUCGUUGUCUCGUUUGAGUGAGAGGUUGCCUCACACUUGCCCCAGUAAACACAUCAUCAAAAAAAGACAGAGGGGGUUAAAAUUGAGGUAAAAAUAACAUUAAAUCAUAGCAUUAAUGUUAAAAUUAAAAUAAUGUUAGAAAUUAAAGAGUUUUGAUCCCCUCCCUUCCCUACUGCUGUUAGUUGUCUGGCUGUCUUACUCAAGCUUUAAUUUCGAUUUCAGCAUUUUUUAUGCUUCCAGCUUAGAAAAAGUUUUUAUAGCUGCAGGAUUCAGUGGCAAAAUGAUAAAGAUGUAGGCCUUUUUUUUAAAUUGUAAUUUAGGAGUUGAUUGAAUAGUGACACCAACAUGUUCGCAAGAGGUGUUUGGUUGUUCUAGUUCAGUAUUUCCAUUUACUGUUAGUCCAGAUUAUUACACUCAAAUGCAGUUAGAAUGUUUUUCAGUAUUAUGAUGAUAGAUUAAUUUUCUUUUUCUGGUCAGUUUAACCGCAUGAAGUCUAAAUGUGGUGUUACAUUUUUACCCUGGAAGUGACAUAGUGUCAUGCUUUUAUUUUUAAACGCAGCGUUAAAAUGUCAUUGAAAAUAACAUUUGGUAGAGCCGUUUUUCCUAAAA